ACCAACCAAUACAAUAGUUGUAUUUUGGAACAAUUUAACGUUUAAAAAAAAAAAUCAAUAUCCAUUACACAGUACUGUAAUUUCUGUGUUGACCUAGCCUUACAUACAAUUUUUUUUUAAAUAAACUACAUGCCCCAGAUUGGCUUGGGCGCUCACUUUCUCCUCCCCCCCACCAAGUCAGAUGGUUUCGACUAGCUAGUUACCACAGCUACAAAGUCCAAAUGGUCUGUCGUACAAAUUCAUGAAAACAAAAAUAACUUUUUGGUCUUCAUUUAUGGUUAACUGUGUUAAUGUUAGGUUUAAAAUCACAUUUUAAGAAGAUAAAUUGUAGAAAUAGGCGGCCCGUAUCACUUUGUGGCUAUAGUAACUAACGUUAGUGACAAGUCAGAUCAUCCCACUGCGUGAAGUCGUUCGGCAAAUAUGUCUGCUACGGAUGUAGGCGGUUGUGGACCCGGAGCAGGACCCAGUUCGGGUGCUGGGUCCGGGGCAUCAAACCCUCGAAAAUUUAGCGAGAAAAUAGCUCUACAUACCCAACGUCAGGCUGAAGAGACUGCUGCUUUUCAGGAGGUUAUGAUGGAUAUCACCUCUACCAGGAUCCAGGCUCAGAAAGUGCGUCUGGCUAGAACCCAGGGCCCGUAUUAUGGGGGCUCCCUACCCAACGUUAAUCAGAUCGGCAGGAACCCAGGCGACUUUCAGGGUUUGUUCCACUCUAACCUGGACUCCAGUCGCUCCACACGGCACCACGGCCUGGUAGAGCGGGUCCAGAGGGACAGACGCUUCAUCUCCCCAGGGCGUCCCUACAGGAAACAAGUGGACAGCUCUCCGUACAACUCAGCCUAUCUGUCCCCGCCUCCAGACACCAGUUGGAGAAGGAACUGUUCGGGCAACUUCCCAGGAGACAAAAGCCAGUUGUUUCGCCUCCCCACCAUGGCACUCAACAGGACCAACUCAGACUCUGCCCUCCACACCAGUGUGAUGAACCCCCCUGCAGGAGACCCCUUCAACACUGGACACACACUCACCCUUCAGGGCAGACUCACUGGUCAGAGUGAAGGAGCGGGGAGAAGAAUGUUUCCGUACCCAGUUCCCCCCAUUGAGGAGAACAUUCUGGAUCAGGGCAAACUGCUUAAGCCCUGGGACACCAAGAAGUUGCCCCUGCUGUCUUCUCGACCCAAGUCCUGUGAAGUUCCCGGUAUCAAUAUCUUCCCCUCCCCUGACCAGCAGUCCAGCACCCCCCAUGCUCCCUCAGCCCUGAACACGGGGGGCUCCCUGCCCGACCUCUCCAGCCUGCACUUCCCGUCACCACUGCCCACCCCGCUGGACCCAGACGAGCCGGGCUACCCUUCGUCCCUGAGUGGGGGCAGCAGCACGGGCAACCUGGCCUCCACCCUGACCCAGCUGGGCAUCAAUGCCAGCAACGCCUUCUGCCACUCGCCAGGUCUCCUGGCAUCUCUUCAGGGGACUCUCAGUAACCCCUCCCUGCAGUCCUCGCUAAGCAACCCCAACAUCCAAUCAUCUCUCAGCAGCCACUCCUUCCCCAACUCCCUCAGCUCCACCUCCUUGCACUCGUCGCUUAGCAACCCGUCCCUGCAGUCCUCCCUUAGCUCCUCCCCCUCCACCCAGUCUUCCCUGAGCAACCAAUCCCUGCACUCCUCCCUCAGCAACUCCUCCCUGAGUGGCCAGUCCCUCCACACCGCAUCCAGUAACCCUAGUUACAAUAGCGGGGUGGGAGGGUCCGGCUCGUGCUCCUCUUAUUCGCCACUGCUAACUAGCCAGGGGCAGUCGCCUCUCAGCACGUUGCCACGGAGACGAGCUCAGCUCUCCCCUCUGAUCCUACCCAUGGGAGGGGAGUCUCGCCGACACCACUCCAAACAGUUCUCCCCCACCAUCUCUCCUAACUUGUCCUCCAUAACACAGGGUGUCCCUCUGGACACCAGCAAACUCCCUAUGGACCAGAGGCUCCCUCCCUACCCCUUCAACCAACCCCAGCAGCAGCUUCAUCAGCCAGGUCCUCCAGCAUCCCAUCAGCCCCAGCAGGCCUCUCAGGUAGGACAACAGCUCUCCCAGCCGUCCGUGGUACUGCAACAACAAAGUCAACAACAGCAUCAACACCAUCAGCUGCAUUUGCAACACCAGCUGCACCAGCAGCAAUGUGCCCAGUCUCAGCAGGCCCUCCAGCAGCUGCACCUGCAGAACCUGUGCAAUGCCCAGAACCAGCAGAUGCAGCACCUGCAGCAGCACCAUAGGGUGUCGGUCAAAAUUGAGAAGCAGGGUGAGCAGGGCCAGAACUCUCAGUGCCUGCAGACGCAAGACCCGCAGUCAACCCAGCAGCAGCAGCAGCAGCAACAACAACAACAACAGCAGCAGCAACAACAACAGCAGCAGCAACAACAACAACAGGACCAGCAAGACCAACUGCAGCAGAUGGAGCAGCAAAGGCAGCAGGGAAGUCUUCCCCAGCUGCAGCACAUCAGCCACUCCCUGGCCACAGACCUGGGCCUCUACAACGACACAUUACUGUUAAACUCUCUGUUGGAUGAUCCCUACCUGGGCCUGCAGAUCGCCUCCAGACAGAACCAGCAGUCUCAAUUCAACAUGGAGACUCCGGGAGACAGCCUGUCGUUCAACCACGGUGGCUUGGGCUGUGGGAGUGGUAGAAAAGGCCAGGAGGAAUCCUACCACCCCAACCAUGGCUUCCUGGAGCUCCACGACUCAGGGGAUAGGCAGCACCUUAACAACCAGAACUUUGGGGGAGAGGGAUGCCACAACGUCCCUAACAUCAUCCUCACAGGAGACAGUUCGUUGGGCCUUUCCAAGGAGAUCGCCAGCGCCCUGUCCCACGUGCCAGGGUUUGAGAUGGACUCAUUUUCUCUGGACGACCCCCUCAGGAUGGACCCCCUGGCCCUUGAGGGGCUGGGCAUGCUGGACGGGGACUUCAUGCUGACCGACCCCGCCGUGGAAGACUCCUUCCGCUCCGACCGCCUCAAGUGACCCUCCCCCAGGAGUGGAUACGGAGGAGUGAGGAGGGAAGGGGGUUGGAAUGACCCCAGACUGAAGUGGAACAGGUGGGGUUGAGCCCUGCUUUGUUUCCCCCUUCUUGGCGAUUGACCCAACCACAGCAUCUGCGAAUAAAAGGUCAGGUGGGAGGUUUUGGACAGUCUAGUGCAGGGAUCUCUGACUGGUCCCGGAGAGAAACUGGGAAGCAGGCUGUUGUUCUACCACAGCACUAAUACACUUGUCAAUCUUAAAUCUGGAUCUUGAUUAUUUGAAUCGGGUGUGUUAGUGCUGGGCUUGAAUAGAAUUCUACAUGCUCUCCAGGACCAGAGUUGGAGGCACCUGGUCUAGUGGGGACCUCUCCACAUGCUUUUUGUGAGGUGAUGUGGUGGUGGGGAAGGUUGGAGGACAGGACUGACAUGUCAGUGGUGGAGCAAGUUCGUUUACGGUUCUUUCCGCUACAUCCAGGCAGUUAUCGAAAAUGCACUUGUGAUGCUUAAGAGAAAAAAAGAAAAUAUCGGCAUUAGCUUGUACGAGUCUUAUCUGCAUGUAAACAAAUGCACUUCGGAUAAUGCAUAAACGCAGGGAUCACGCAUGAGGUCAGUUACACUUGAAAAUGCAGUCUUAAAAACCAUACCAUAUGCAUUCUAUGAGACAGGACUUUCCCGACUGGUCUUUCGGCUUUGUCUGUCUGUUCCAUCAUUCCAACGCCAGUAUGGGGAGGCUGGAAUAUCGGCCAUGUUCGCCAUCUUUCUACUGCAAGAACACACAGUAGAUCUGGGUUAUUUUCUGGAUUACAUCAACCCAACCAGAGACUGUUCAACCAAUAGUUGCCAAUUGACAUGUCAUUAAGUGUUUCCAUUUUAUUUAAGUUUGGUGAAGGUAAUUAAAUGACGGGCCUUGCUAGCUAUAAUUCAGAUAUGGUUCAGUCGUUCAACGGACAAGAGAAGAAAGUGUUUUUUUUGGAGAGGUGACUUUCUCAGUCCCUUGGGACAAGUUGGCACUUAUUCAUUUUAGUGUCUGGACGGCAUAUCCGUCUGUAAGAUUAUCACUGUGUCUGUGUUCAAGACCCAGCUAAAUGGACCUUUCUCAUUUAACGUCUGUUAACUUGAAUCGUCUUGAUGGUUCCUAAUUGAAAAAAAAUGUACUAAAUCAAUCGUCUAAGGAUAUUGCCCUCAUAUCGAACCAAGUAGUCCACAGAAUCCAUUAUCCAACUCUCCUGUCUAUAAAAAACAACACAGAAAAUAACACAUUUCAUUGCACCUGUCUGGUGUGUGACAAAAUAUUUUUGUAUUCUUUUUUUAAACAUUUUUAUAUGUCCCAACAUGACAGCUGUUGCCAUUCUGCCAGCCUGCUUCUAUACCAUUGAGCUUCUCAGUAAGUUUAAGCUGAGGACCUUUUGCUAUGUACCACCCCUGUGUGCCUGCUAUCUUCUCCUCAGAUCUUAGACCUACCCUCUUCUGCACAUUUCCUUUAAAGCAACUAGGGACUGUUUGUUUUUAAAUGUGUGCUAUUGACAAAGUGUCUGCCUUCCAUCAAGAGAAUUGGCAUUGUUGAUAUGAAAAAGGCAGAGGAAAAUCCCUCAAUACAUUUCAAUUACAUGAAUUGGAGUUGUAUGUUUUAUCAUUGAGUAAUUGGGAAACGGCAAGGCCAAAACCAAGUCGACUAAUGCAUAGCAACAUUUUUGCCAUAGUAUAUAUUUUAACUGCUACUACUAUCCUAAGGCCUUGGAGCUUUAGUGUCCGUUUUAGUCAGGUAAUCCUAGCCACUGUGAUUGACACCUCUAACCCCUCCCACCUGCUGCACCUGUCUUGCCAGAGCCAGAUUAUAGUAACAUAUUUUUAUGUAACAAAGUAGUUAUUACUAUGAAGUUUUAUUUUUUAAUUAAAGGUGGUCUGCCUUUGUAUAUAAAUGGAUAAAUAAUUGAGAGUAUAUUUAAGAAGAGAAGCCUUUUGGUUCCGCAACACCCUGAAACCGGUUGCAUGAUUUGAAAAGCAACAGGUUCUGAAAAAUGUAGUCCAUUUGCUAUGCAAAGUGUUAUUGUGCAUGUCUCGUGUGACUGUCUGGGAGUUGCCAAAUACAUUUUUUUUAUUUAGUACAUUUGCAAGUAGUACAUUUGCAUCAUACUAUUGUAGUGAAAAUACAUUUUUUUUAAACUAAUUUUUGGGGGCUUUUUUAUUGGUUUUUAAAUGGUCAUAUUUUGCUUUGGUGACAAUGUUUGAUAUUGGUGUCUGAAGACUACUGUAAGUUUGACAUUGUGUGGCAGCAACAGGAAGUUAGUGCUUGAGAUAAUAUCGUUAAACUUUCAUAAUGACAAAGGUUAUGGAAAUCAGCCCUUCUUUCCAGUGUGGACUGAAAGAGGCCAUGUUUGACAGACUGAAUAAAACACAAGCUUUGCUACUUGGAUAUAGAAAGCUGUAUGCAACUGUUACAUCAUAGAUUGGUGGUAACAUCAUCCUAAAAUGAAGUAGUGCUGUUCUGAAGUUGUGCUAACAUAGAGUUUAACCCCCUUAUUGACAGAUAUUGAAGUACCUCUAAUUACCGGUAUGCUUUAUUUCAACCAUAUUGCUUUUACACUGAUCAUAUGAGCCAAAUGCAAAUCUUUUUUGACAGGAGUGGUGGUUGAAGUGGUUUGAGUAUCAAACCUAUGGUAAAACCCAUUCACUACUGCCCCCUAUCCAACAGUAAUAGUGUGGGUUUGCAAAGUCUCCUUUUACCACUGUGAGCCAAUGUUGUGCCUCGAUGUAAACUCAGCAAAAAAAGAAACGUCCUCACUGUCAACUGCAUUUAUUUUCAGGAAACUUAAAAUGUGUAAAUAUUUGUAUGAACAUAACAUUCAACAACUGAGACAUAAACUGAACAAGUUCCACAGAUAUGUGACUAACAGAAAUGGAAUAAUAUGUCACUGAACAAAGGGGGAGAGGGGGAGGCUAAAAUCAAAAGUAACAGUCAGUAUCAAGGAUUGCACCAGAUUUCCGAGUUCUUGCUGUGAGAUUUCUGGGGGGGAAUGGCCCUAGCCCUCACCCUCCAAUCCAACAGGUCCCCAGACAUGCUCAAUAGGAUUGAGAUCUGGGCUCUUUGCUGGUCAUGUCAGAACACUGACAUUCCUUUCCUGCAGGAAAUCACUCACAGAACGAGCAGUAUGGCUGGUGGCAUUGUCAUGCUGGAGGGUCAUGUCAGGAUGAGCCUGCAGGAAGGGUACCACAUGAGAGAGGAGGAUGUCUUCCCUGUAAGGUACAGGGUUGAGAUUGCAGGCAAGCUCAGUCUGAUGAUGCUGUGACCAUGACGGACCCCCCCCACCCCCACAUCUGUCCUGCUCAAGAGUAUAGACCUCGUUGUAACGCUCAUUCUUUCAACGAUAAACGCGAAUCCGACCAUCACCUCCGGUGAGACAAAACAGCAACUCGUCAGUGAAGAGCACUUUUUUGCCAGUCCUGUCUGGUCCAGCGACGGUGGGUUUGUGCCCGUAGGUGACGUUGUUGCCGGUGAUGUCUGGUGAGGACCUGCCUUACAACAGGCCUACAAGCCCUCAGUCCAGCCUCUCUCAGCCUGUUGCGGACAGACUGAGCACUGAUGGAGGGAUGAUGAGUUCCUGGUGUAACUCGGGCAGUUGUUGUUGCCAUCCUGUACCUGUCCUGCAUGUGUGUUGUUUGGCUGUACCGAUCUUGUGCAGGUGUUGUUACACGUGAUCUGCCACUGCGAGGACGAUCAGCUGUCCGUCCUGUCUCCCUGUUGCGCAAGUCUUAGGCUUCUCAUAAUACGGACAUCGCAAUGUAUUGCCCUGGCCACAUCUGCAGUUCUCAUGCCUCCUUGUAGCAUGCCUAAGGCACGGCACGUUCACGUAGAUGAGCAGGGACCCUGGGCAUUCAUCUUUUGGUGUUUUUCAGAGUCAUUAGAAAGGCCUCUUUAGUGUCCUAAGUUUUCAUAACUGUGACCUUAAUUGCCUACAGUCUGUAAGCUGUUAGUGUCUUAACAACCGUUCCACAGGUGCAUGUUCAGUAAUUGUUUAUGGUUCAUUGAACAAGCAUGGGAAACAGUGUUUUAAACCCUUUUACAAUGAAGAUCUGUGAAGUUAUUUAGAUUGUUACGAAUUAUCUUUGAUGACGGUGUACUGAAAAAAGGAGGUUUUUUUUUUUGCUGAGUUUAUAUCUUGCUUCUUACUAGGCUGGUGGUGUUGGUAAGACCACAAGUCAUUUUGAAGAGUCAUAAUAAUGCAUUUCCAAUUUAGCCAUUAAUGAGGAGGUAUAAAAAAUAUCAGGUUAGUGUGAAAAUCAUAUUUGAAAGUGUUAGAAGUUUUUCUGCAUUGCUUAGUCCUGUGUUCCCUAUUUUCUGUGGCAGGUUUCCUGUAUUUUCAGAUUUUGUUUAGUUCUGCACUGUGGACCAUUCCCAACCAAAACUGAAAAUAUUAUUUUGAAAUUAUAUUUGAAUUGAUAGGCUAUAUCAUGGAGAUUUGAAUGAGUCCUUUUUUAAGUGGACUGUAGGGUAGAGUGGAUGAAAUGUCUUGUCUGUUUAGAAGGAAUCAUGUAAGUGUGGCUAGUAUAUUUUAGAUUGGGUCUGAAGGGUAUUCUGAUGAAGUACCAGUUAGUUUCAGGGUCAGCGCUGGCAGUUGACUCGAGGUGUGAUGAUUAUAUGAUCUCCAUCUUCACCUGGUGUGAGAACAGAUUUGAAAUGCAGAGAAAGUAAUUUUAUUGUUUUCACUGUUAUUCUGCACUUUGUCAUUUAAAAACCCAAGAGCACGCCCGCCAUUGGUUGUCUUGCUUGAUUAGUCCAUGGUGAUGCAUGUUUGCUCUACCAGUUGUUUGAUUUAGAAUCUGUGACAAUGUUACGCAAUGCCUCCGAGAGAUAUCGGUCACUUUGCCAAUAUAGUUGGCUUGUUGAAAAAUUUUCUUCAGGCAAUUAUUUAAAUGUUUUUUAUUUUACUUUUAUUUAACUAGGCAAGUCAGUUAAGAACAAAUUAUUAUUUACAAUGACGGCCUGCCCCGGCCAAAGCCUAACCCGGACGACGCUGGGCCAAUUGUGUACCGCCCUAUGGGACUCCCCAUCACGGCCGGUUAUGAUACAGCCUGGAAUCGAACCAGGGUCUGUAGUGACGCCUCUAGCACUGUGAUGCAGUGCCGUAGACUACAAUUAUCAUGUGUAUCCUAAAGUUUGAAUGUACACUGCAGUUUUGAGUUACUGAGGAAAGGAGAAAUAUUUGUUCUUAUGUUUUCCCCCUCAGUAUUAGUUAGUAAUACCAAGUGAAUUUGUCUAGUCUUGGCAAUUCUUCACAGCUGCAAUUUGAUGUUUCAGCUGUCAUGCUUAUAGAGAGCAAUAGUAAUGUGGUUUUUUUGUAGGCACUAAUGGAGCUAGGCUUACUCCACCAUGUCUUGUUGGCCAAAGCCUAUGGAGAAAUUAUUUUGUCGUUUGUUUUGAUAAAUACAAAAAACAAGGCCUGUGUGAUCUUAUGUUUUGUUCUAUGAGAUCAUCUUCAUCACCUAAAGUAAAAUUGUUUGUGAAUUUUGAAGCAUUUUAUGUAAUCAAAAUAAGCACAAAGGGUUCAUAAUUCAUAAAGGUCAUGUUAACAGACACAUCUCAUCGAACAAAGCAUAUACAAUCAUCAAAGGAUGUGUUAAUUAACAUCGGACCUUAUUUGCGGCGUUUAGCCCCAAACCUCAUUAUUUUCCACUAUAGGAACGGCUGAACGAACCUGAGGUUUCAUUUCCGAUUUUUAGGACUACAUGGAGCCUCUGCGCUCACAACUUCAUAGAUCUCUCAGCAUCUGUCUUAUGCAAUAACAUUGUAGUUGAAGACCAUGCACGGCAAUAACAUUGCCAGUAGGGGUUGCUGUUGAACAGUGAAGUUAUGUGUGAUAGGGAUCAGUCAGAUGGCCAUGUUAAUUGCUGUUAUUGUUCAGUGUAUUUUACGGUUGUAAUAAAAACAUUUUUGCUUUAUGUUUAGGGUCAAAACCAUAUGUAUUUUGCGUUUUCAGAGGAAUACAUUUAAAUGUUUAUUUUACAUUUUUUAAUGUGUAAUAUCCUGGGAACCCAUGUAUGUUGUAAAUACUGUUCCUAAACCACUGCAUCUUAAACCUAACAAGAGAAUUUGUACCUUAACAUUAUUUUACAAAAAAUAAAAAAUCCUGUCAAAG